CAAUUACAACUACCACGGAGAGCACUGUGAACCGACUUCACCUUUUGGAAGACACGCCUUGAUCCAUAACUAUGUCAAAGAGAUACAACGAGAAAAGAGCGGCCCUGGCCCAGAAGGCUGUAGACAGAGAGCUUGACCAGGGAUACGGGAGAGAGGAUUUCGAGAGCAAUGUUGCGAAAGAUGUUCGCGGGGCUGCGAUGGGAGAAGGUGAAGAGGAGUUGUUCGAGAAAAAAAUGAGUAAAGCCGAAAAGAAAGCUGCUGCCAAGGCCGCCCGAGAGGCCAAGCGGAAAGCAAAGGGUUUAACAAAGAAAAAGAAGGGUGGCGACGAUGACAAAGAAAAGGCCGCCGCCGAGGAAGAAAAAAAGAAUGCAGCGAAAAUUCUUGACCCCAAUGCUUCCGCGGAAGAAAAACGAGAAGCUGCGCUUGAAAAUCUUUCACGGGAAGAAAUUAUCGUGACCUAUGAAAGUAGGAAAGGAAAGAUGCACGCCAAUGCUCGCAACAUCAAUGUCAGUGGUGUGACGGUCACGUUCCAUGGAAAACCACUGAUUGAAGAAACCGAUCUUGUGAUUAAUUAUGGUAAUAGGUAUGGCUUUAUCGGGCCGAACGGAAGCGGUAAAAGUACUGUGAUGAAGGCAAUUGCGGCACGCGCCAUUCCUAUCCCUGAAAACUUGGAUAUUUAUUUCCUUAAUUCUGAGUAUCCUGCACGAGAUGACAUCACCGCUCUCGAGGCUGUCAUGGAAAGCAAUGACGAGGUUCAAGAGCUAGAAGCGAAAGCUGAACAUCUCAAUGAUGCCAUGGCCGAAGCAGAUGAAGAUGAGCAGGCCGAAAUUCAACAAACACUUGAAGGCAUCUACAGUCGUUUGGAUCAGCUUGAUGCAAGUUCUGCAGAAGCACGAGCCACACAAAUUUUGUUUGGUCUUGGAUUCACCCAAAAAAUGCAACACAUGAAAACAAAAGAAUUCAGUGGAGGGUGGCGAAUGCGUGUUGCCCUAGCACGUGCACUCUUCAUUGAGCCAGAAUUCUUGCUUCUCGACGAACGUAAGUACUUUUUUUCGAUAACACAGCCAUUGUUUCGAAUGAUAGGAUGAUCAGAGCUCUAACUUCUUCAUUUUACCUGCGAAUCAACAGCUACAAAUCACUUGGACAUGGAGGCUGUUCUGUGGCUUGAAGAGUAUUUGAGUAACUGGAAUCGCAUUUUAUUUUUUGUGUGCCAUUCACAAGAUUUCAUGAAUUCAGUUUGUACACAUAUUGUCCGUCUUGACGCAACCUACAAAAAACUCCGUUACUUUAGUGGAAAUUACGACAUGUAUGUUCAAACUCGCCGUGAUCGAGACAUGGUGCAAAUGCGACAAUACGAAGCCGAACAGCGAGAUAUUGCUGAAAUCAAAGAUUUCAUUGCUCGUUUCGGUCACGGUACUGUUAAAAUGGUCCGCCAGGCACAAGCACGCGAGAAACUACUCGAAAAAAAGCUCGAAGCUGGUUUGACACAACUACCUGAGCAGGAUCCUGACUGGGGUAAGUCGUUAGAAAUUCUCAUUAAAAUAGCUAGUUGAGGAACUGAGAGCGUUGAUACAGAAUCAUGCUGUUGCGAACAGACCUUUCGUCCAUGUCUCAUUUUUGACUUGUCUUAUUUCCAACUCUGUAAAAGAUUGGUCGUUCCCAGACGCAGGAGAACUCCCAGUGCCAGUGCUGUCUGUUGAGAACCUUAGUUUUGCAUACCCUGGUGGUGUCGAACUAUAUAGCAACGUUGACUUUGGAGUUGAUCUUCAAACCAGAGUCGCUCUGGUCGGUCCGAAUGGAGCAGGUGAGAUUACGUUUGUAAAAUGAAUUCUUCGUAUUGUGUAUCGAGUUCAAAUAAAUUUCUUACAAAUUGCGAUCGACGAUUCAAGGUAAAACAACUUUGAUCAAACUUAUGACGGGUCAGUUAAAUCCUACCAAGGGAGCUGUGAAACGAAAUACCCAUCUUCGAAUUUCGCGUUUCACCCAGCAUUUUGAAGAAAAGCUUGAUUUGACCAUGACGCCACUUGAUUUUUUCAAACAAAAAGUCAUGCCAGAGCAGCCGAUUGAAAAGAUUCGCCCUUUGCUCGGGAGGUACGGAUGUACAGGGGAUCAGCAAUCACAAAUCAUGGACCAACUUUCGGCCGGUCAGAAGGCACGAAUUGUCUUCGCCAUCAUUGCCCAUGAAAGGCCUCAUCUUCUGAUGCUUGACGAACCGACGAAUCCUCUCGAUAUGGAAUCCAUCGAUGCCCUAGCACGUUGUAUUAAUAAAUUUAAGGGUGGGGUUCUUAUGGUUAGUCACGACAUGAGAUUGAUUUCCCAAUGUGCCGAACAGAUCUAUGUGUGUGACCACAAGAAGGUCACGUUGUACAAGGGCGAUAUCAUGAAGUUUAAGCUUCAUCAAAAGAAAGAGAACUCAAAGAAUCUUGCCCAGCACAUGAAUGGAUAAGACUAAAUAUUGGUAUUAAAA